AUGGCUAAUAUAUCUGGAGAAGAGAAGAGAAUCGAACAAGGGACACAGAUUGAGAAAGGGAGAGAAGAUGAAGCGUUGAAGUUGGAAGUUGAAGUUGUUGGAUCUCUUGAUGCAGAAGGACGGAGGGCAGAGCGAAAAAGGGAGGGAGAUUUCCAAGAGCCUAAAGGGGUUGGACGACACGACGGCAACUCCCACGGCCCAACAACACAACACAGUCACUGGCAGAGCAACACAAUCCGGGGACGGGAGAGGGGUCACGGUUAG